GCGAAAGACAACCUUGUUUCGGGAAGACCUACAAGCUUCAGUAAGCGACUUCAUUGAGCUAUUAUUCUGUUACCAAACAUCAGCAAGGCAACAAGAACAAUCAACAUGUCUGUUGUAAAGUGUGGUGUGAACAAGAACUAUUGCACUGGCCGCUUCCCGGCCAUUCAACUGCAGCACGAUCAUUUCUGGAAUGGGCCGUGCUCUGUGCCUUGUGUCAAACCCUGCUUUAACCCUUGUGCCAAACCUUGUGUAGACCCUUGUGCUAAACCUUGUUUUGACCCUUGUGCUAAACCUUGUUUUGACCCUUGUGCUAAACCUUGUUUUGACCCUUGUGCUAAACCUUGUGUGAAGCCUUUUCUCAACCCUUGUGUAAACCCCUGUGUUAACCCUUGUGCUUACCCUUGCCUUGACUAUGACUGUAAGAAAGUUGUUCUCAAGGAUUGUCCUCAAGAUUGCGUGAAUCCCUGCGACGUGGUACUGCAGGUGCGUUCCGUUGAUCUCAUCAAAUCCUGGAACUGUCAAAAUCGGCAAGAGCAUCACACCAACGGUUACCGCAGCGAUCACCUCAUCAUCCGUAGAGGACAGUGCUUUCAGAUGUAUGUCGAGCUGUCCAGACCUUUCAAUCCAAAGGCGGACCAACUUCACCUGGAGUUUAGACUUGGUAAUGCCCCAUCUGUAUGCAACGGCACUCUGGUCAUCGUUCCAUUAGUGGACGAAUUCAAGAAAGGUCGUUGGGAGGCCAAGAUCCUAGAGCAGUGUAACUGUCGACUCAAACUGUCUGUUUACUCCCUUGCUACCGCUGCUAUUGGACGUUACAGGCUCACCACCGUAACAUGCGGACCGAGAGGCAAAGCUACUUCAGCAUGCAACCCCCGCAAUGACAUUUACAUGCUGUUCAACCCCUGGUGCAAAGAUGACGCUGUGUAUCUGGAAGAUGAGGCACAGAGAAAUGAGUAUGUGCUGAAUGACACAGGCAUUGUUUACUAUGGAGCUCGGUGUCAGAUUGGUGCAAGAAACUGGAAGUUUGGUCAAUUUGAUGAGGGAGUCCUGGCCGCAUGUCUCUUUGUGCUGGAGAAAAGUGGUUCCCCUUGCUCAGGAUGGCGAGACCCCAUUAAUGUGGCCAGAGUUGCAUCUGCCAUGAUGAAUUCCAACGACGACCGUGGCGUAAUGGUGGGUAACUGGUCCAAUUGUUAUGGAGGUGCAAUCGCUCCUACGACAUGGUGCGGAAGCAGCGACAUCCUGAAAAGAUACCACUUAAGUGGAGGAGUGCCUGUUAAAUAUGCACAGAGCGUGGCUUUUGCUGGAGUCACCAACACGAUGUUGAGAUGUUUGGGUAUUCCUGCACGUCCCGUGACAAACUUCUGCUCGGCUCACGAUACCGACGUGUCUAUGACCAUAGAUGUUUAUUUCGAUGAGAACUUAGAGCUAAUCGAUCAUCUGAACCGUGAUUCAAUCUGGAACUUCCACGCAUGGAAUGAGGCCUGGAUGGCCCGUCCAGACCUGCCGUGUGGUUUUGGAGGUUGGCAGGUGGUGGAUUCCACACCUCAGGAGACUAGUCAGGGCUUCUAUCGCUGCGGUCCCACCUCCGUCACCGCAGUCCGCAGUGGGCAGGUCUUCCUCAAAUAUGACACCCCCUUCGUCUUUGCUGAAGUAAACAGUGAUAUAGUCUUCUGGCAGCGGACAGCUUGUGGAACCUUUGCUGUGAUUGGUGUUGAGAAGAAUGCAGUAGGACACUGCAUUAGCACCAAGGCUGUCGGCUCAGACAAACGUGUAGAUAUCACAAACCAAUACAAACACCCUGAAGGAUCACAGGAGGAACGCAAUGCCGUGGAAACAGCCGUUCGUCACGGUUCCAAACGUUGCGUGUACCCACCCCUCUGUACUGAGGACGUGAUCUGUGAGAUCACCAUGAUGAAGGAAGCUGUAUGUGUGGGCAAGGACGCAGUUCUUUCCAUCUCUCUGAAGAACAAAUGCAGCUCCGCUCGUACCAUCACCCUCAACAGUCAGGUGUCAGCCAUGUACUACACUGGAGUCUGCAAGGCCUUGGUGAAGAAGGACCAGGCAUGCAUUGAGCUCAAGGCCUGUGAAUCCAAGGUUCUGGAGUGGACCGUGCGCUAUGAGGAUUAUAAGUGUCAUCUGGUGGACCAAGCAUCCAUGCUGCUGACUGUCUCAGGACGGGUCACUCAGACCAAGCAAAUUGUGGCCAAACGAUUUGGCUUCAGACUGUGCACACAGGAUCUUGUUAUCAGUCCUGGAUGUGAUUGCGUGGUGGGCAAAGAGGUGCCAGUCAAAAUCACGUUCCAGAACCCACUUUCCUGCGUGUUAAAGAACGCAAUUUUCCGCUUUGAGGGGCUGGGAAUGAAGAAUUGCAGAAUGGUUAAUUAUGGUGAUAUUGCAAGCCUGGCCACAGUGAACCUGACGGAGACAUUUAUUCCUAAGUGUCACGGUCCACAUAAACUUCUGGCAUCGCUCUGCUGUCCUCAGCUGGCUCAGGUUCAUGGAGCCUGCAACCUUGUCGUCAAAGAGAAAUGAAAAAGCAUGCAGCGAGUGGCAACAUAAGGCCAUAAAACCUUACUCUGUGCUUUUCAUAUGAUUGAUUUGCAGAAUUUAAUCUCAUUUAUAUACAAGGGUGCAGUAAAUCAUGGUCUUGGAGACUAUUUGGAGGAUGAUUCAUGCCAAAAAUAUUUGUUCUUGUUUUAUAUUUUGGCAUAUGGGGUUAAAUUUUGGUUUCGCAUAGUUUAAGAUUUCAGGUAUUUACUUUUUCUAAUCAUUAGCUUCAUGUUUUCCCAAUUGAAAUUCAGUGGUUGUGGUCUAUGAUUUGUCUUGCAUUCAAAAAUGGAUACAUUUAUUGAUAAAUUUGCAUUGAUAAUCUGUCCAUCAUGUAGCAUCAAUAAAAGUCUUUC